AUUGAACAUAUCAGAGGGCUAAUCCGUCCCUGAUCUUUAAGAAUCCGUUUAAUAUCUAACAUAAUUUCAGGUCAUUUAUUAAUAAUCCAUCUGGGAAAUUGUGGGUUUUACAUAUUUUUAAUUCAACUAUGUUUAUUUCUCUUUGAAUUUGUUGUCUGUUUUAUUCAAGCUUUUGUUUUUUCUGUUUUACUAACUCUCUAUUCUAGAGAAACGUAA